AACAAAAAAAUUACUAGUGCAGAGCCGGGGCUUAUGAAUAUGGGCUGCUCAACUUCUGCACCAGCCGUCACAGAUGCAAACAAAGCAAACGAUAGUACGAAUUGUUCAAAUAUGGCUGCUAAAACAAGUGUCGGUGAGGAAGAUUCUAACAAAUACCCUGCUUCGGAAGCUUUCAUCAUUCCAUUGAGUGAUGGGGCCGAAACUAAAGUUUACACCGCCGAUGCUGAAGAAGCGAAGGAUUUACUUGCGGCAACGGUGAAAAAGCAGCCACCCAAGCGCAUACAAGAACUGAUCGAACAAGCAGCGGAAAAUGAAGCGGCCACUGUAAAUUUACAGGAUUUGGAGGAGAAACUCGAGAAAGCCGAAGAGCGCCGAAAGGAAUAUUUGCAACAAAAGAUCACAACCAUACAAAAGACUACACAAAUGCUGACGCGAAGUGAUAGUAAAGAGUUAGUGGAGAAGGAGGAAGAAACGCAGGUCGUUGAUGGUAAAACAGAAAACAAAAAUGACAACCCGGUCGAACAUGACGAGUCGAAGAAGUAAUUUUUUAAGUCAGAAAAUAGUUGUAGUAAAUAAGUGCUCUAAAUAUUGUAGCAACAGUAAAAGUUGCGGAAGUAUGCACGCCUAAAUCUGUGCUUCAUUAGAUAUUUCAUUAAAGUCUUUAAUAAUUAAGAGAAGUUUUAUCUUUUUGGUGAUAACAGGAAUGCAAUGAGAAACAUGAUCGUUGUAAGUAGUCUUAACACUUACCUUGCGCCCAUCGAAAAAUACACUUCAGAACAUUGUAAAAAUUGAAUCAUCCUUUUGGCUGAAUUCGCCUAAAGAAAGUUAGGAUAGGAAAAAUACUUUUUUCUCGCCAUCACAAUCACCCGUUCUGACCUUUGGUUGACAACUUUAAGAGCUAUCCGUAUAACCUAACCCAGAUUAUUC